UGCUGUUGGGUUCAGUUCAGACUGGAUGGUGCCGGUCAGGAGAGCUGACCAAUCAGAGACGCCGUUCUUGAUGAUGUUCACGUCAUCAAUCUGAGAGACGCUCUCUAGAUCAUUCCAGCUCCAGCCUUUCCUGUGUCCUGUGUGUCUCCGGAGAAGAGAAGAAACCCUAAUAUAAAGUGGAAAUGUUUGGGAGUAAUACACACAGUUCUGCAGAACGCUACAACAGAUGUGUUGGAGUCUGCGCAGAAACAGUGUCCAGAAUGUGUUCUUUAGUGUCCGCAGACAAGACCGAAGCGCUGGUCAGAUCUACUCAGAGCCUCCAUCACUGUGUGACCAGAUACUUCACCAUCACCAACAGACUGCUGGACAUCAUCAACACUCACUUCGGAGAAAACUUCUCCAGCGUCUCAGCAGACGAAGGCAAGAGUAUCAUAUACAACUGCGCCGUGGUAAGAGACGCCAUGACCGCGAUUCUUGAGGUUUCCAAAAGAAAGAACAAUCAGAUCCUUAAGCUGAUUGAUCCUGGCGUUUACGAUCAGAUUGCCUUCGCCGGGCUGUCGCCGAAAGACAAGUCCGCGGUGCUAAGAAACUUUCACGAGGAGAAACUGGGAGUCUUCGGGAACGUCUUUCUUCCGCUCGUCGCCAUUCAGCUGUCGAGAAGCGAGUUAGAGAACGUGAAGCCCCCGACGGAGGAACACGAUCUGCCCGCUCUGGCCUUAAACCUGGGAGAUCUGGUGAAGAGCAGCAAAAGCGUUGCGAAGCUUCUGCGAGAACGAGAGAGUCCUGGAACGGAGCUCGGAGAAGCCACGCAGUUAGUGGAAGACGCCGUCUCUGUCAUGAAGCCGCUCUGUGACGCCUACGAGGACAUCGCUGCAGACGUCGAAGCCUACGUCAAAAUCAUAUCCCACAAUAUCUAGAGCGGAAUCUCUUUGUCUGCGAACUAUACUGUGUUCCUCAUUCAUCUCUUGCCUUCUAUGCAUGCAAUGUGAAGCUACUUCAUCAUUGAACACAGGCCUGUCGGGAUUUAAAUGUCCUCUCUUGCUUAGUUGUGUUCUGUGCAAAUGAAAACUAUUCAAAACACAUUGUCAACAUUUUCUUAUACGCAUUUAUUUUGCUAUUGG